AUGCGCCAGUACCUCCUGUUGGCAGAUGGUGAAGAAAGAAAAAUCAGAGAGGAUAAAGUCAGGAAGUCGGUGAGGGAGGUAGAGAAAGACCCAGUGACAGAACGGAUUGCUCUCAGAUUGGAAGAUCCUCCUAUUGUAACUAAAGACCUUAACAGAGGUAAAGGUCUGGUUUUUGGUUAUGAAACAUCUGACUCAACGUCGGCGAAGUCAGGAAGCAGAGGCCGUCAGAAGCUCCUUGGAGAUGCAAUCAGAUCAGAAGUUUCCUCGUCGUUGGUAGUCUUUAAGCCAGUUGAUAAUCUGGUGCAAGAAAUGUCUAGGGUCUUUCUUGGGAUAGUACCCACUUCUGGUGAUCCGACGGUUUAUAAGAUUGGUCUUUUUGAGGCCACAUCUUCCGGGAAAACUAAGAAGAGAGGGAAAUCUAGGAAAAGGCCUUACGUAAAGAAAAGAAGACUGAGGAAGCUGGGAGAGGAAAUGGAGCAGGAGGCUGGGUCGAGCCAGUCUGGGUCUGUUAGUGAAGGUGGGAGUAAGAAAAGAAUUUCAGAAUCAGAAAACAGUGAUGGAAGAGCUAACUGGCGGAAGCCAAACGAGGCGGUCCCAAAUGAGGGACUGUCCAACGCGUAA